ACUUAAAUUUGAAAAAAAAAAAAAAGAUGUCUAAACUCCUACAAGGCAUUGUCACUGUCAUUGAUGUUUUCUACCAAUAUACCACCCAACAUGGGGACUGUGACACGUUAAACAAGGCAGAGCUGAAAGAACUCUUGGAAAAUGAGUUUCACCAAAUUCUGAAGAAUCCAAAUGAUCCAGACACUGUAGAUAUCAUCAUGCAAAGUCUGGAUCAAGACCACAACAACAAAGUGGAUUUUACUGAAUAUCUUCUGAUGAUAUUCAAGUUGACUAAGGCUUGUAAUAAAAUCAUUGGCAAAGACUACUGCCAAGCUUCAGGGUCGAAGCAGAGAGAUCACAGUCACCAGCACCAAGAGGAACAGAGUGAAACAGAAGAAGAGAAAGACAAAUGGCAAGAAUCCUCUUCCAAUUAUUCAAGUUCAAGUGCAGAAGAGAAUAAUUCCUAUUCCAAGAGCUCCAGAGGAAACAUUAAACACAGGCCUAGGUUCACAUCCAGAAAAUUGAAGGAACAAGGAAUUUUGUCUAAUUCUGGGCACUGGCAAAGCUCUGGGGAAAGGAAAGAGUCAAGUUCAAGCCACUUUGAGCAUAGUGAAAACAAUAAGCAAGAAAGAGCCAACCCAAAAGAAUUUUUAGGGAAUAAACAACAUAAUAAGAAAUCAGGCCUGUCCUCUGGUAGGAAGCAUCAUGGAUUCAGCUCAGGGAGUUAUGAAGGACAAGACAACGGUUCAAAUUCAAAUGACCAUUCUGGUUAUGCUAAUGAGUCUAGCUCAGGCCAGCCCUCUCCACAGAGAUGGCAUGAACCAAAUGUAGAAUCUCAAUCAGGUAACUGUGAAGAACAAGGAUACUAUUCCACUUCAAGUGACUCUUCCAGUUAUGGAAAAUAUAGGUCAAGCUCAGGUCAUCCCCCUAGUGAAAGAAGACAUACAUCCAGCUCAAGUGAGUCAAGGAGUUGGGAAAAACAAAAUCAGGGAUCUAGCUCAGACAAGUCAUCAAGUUGUGACCAAAAUGGAUCUGAUUUAGAUCAGUCAUCACGAUAUGAAAAACAGGGCUCUAGCUUCAGUCAUUCUUCUAGUCAAAGGCAACCUAGAUCAACCUCAAGUGGUAUAUCAGAAUACAGGCGACAACAAAAAUAUGGUUCUGGAUCAAGACAGUCCUCAAGCAAUGAAGAAUAUAGGUCUGCAUCAGGCAAGUCCAUAAGCAGUGACAAAAAUCGAUCAAGCUCCUAUCGGUCCUCUACUCAGAGAAAACACAGAAGCAGCUAUACUAAUUCAUCAGAAAGUGACAGAAGACAAAAGCAUGGCUCUGGCACAGGUCAGUCCUCUGUCUUUGGUCACGAGAGGUCUCACUUGGGAAAGCAUACUAGCCAUAGUCACCUAGAGACUGGAUCUGGAGAGUCUUCUGACUAUGAACAAUGUGGGUAUGGAUCCAGCAUUUCUUCCAGGGAAAAAUACCAUGAAUCCAAUUCAGGCUGUCAGUCGGGGAGUUCUACAAGACAAACACAUAGCUCUGGAUCAGGAACGACCUCGCUCCUGGGCUCGGGGUCCCGAAGUCCACCCCGUUUCAUUUGGAUGACUUCAGAAAAUGGAAGAUGCGGCCUGUCCCCACAGAGAGCCACCAGUGAGCCCAGUGAGAAGCGCCUCGCUCAAGGCCGCUCCAAUGGGAGUCCGUCUGCGGGCAGCGCGCGUCCCGGAAGUAGCUCUCUCUACUUCCUCCAGCACGGCGCGAGAACGUGCCCCGCGGCCUGCGGCCCGGCGGGAAGCCUGGGAACCUCCUGCUCACGUGUCCCGUGCGCACUGCCUCGAGGGGCCCCAGGGGAUGAGAGGAAGACUGCCGGGCGGAUCCUUUCUUCCUUCCCACAGCCGCACGGCCUCCGCUGCUUCGACGGAAAGGCCGUGGUGCUGAGGGAAGAUGCUCGCGUGCUGCGUGGCCCCGACCGGGCAGCCGUCCAGUGCGGCUAA